AUGCCAUUUGUGAAGAGUGUUGGUGGUGGUGGGGCUUCCACCCAAUUUUUGUGCUUCAUUUUCUUUGCCUUAGUAACAACAGUUACCUUUGGCGUGAGCGAAAAUCGAUGGUUUGAUUUUGGAGCUGAUGCCGUGAUCAAUACGAAUAAAUAUAUUCGAUUGACUCAUGAUAGACCAUCACAGACUGGCUGGCUGUGGAGUCGAUUGCCAUUAACAGCAACAAACUGGCAAGUGGAGGUGGAGUUCAAAAUUGAGGGAUCAAAUCCAACUUUAUACGGGGACGGAUUCGCCAUCUGGUUCACAAAACAACGUGCCAGCCCCGGGCCAGUGUUUGGAUUUGUGGAUAAAUUCGAAGGACUUGGAAUAUUCUUUGAUACGUAUGCGAAUGCGAGACAGACGCAUUCGUUCCCUUAUGUAAUGGCAAUGAUUGGAGAUGGUGAAACUCCAUAUGAUCAUGAUAAUGAUGGUAAAUCGAAUGAAGUUGCUGGUUGCGAGGCUGAUGUUCGAGGGAAAUCCAUUGCUACUAAAGCACGAAUCACAUACUACAAAGAGAAUUACCUCGAGCUUAAACUACAAUACAAAGAGUGGGAUCAGUGGGAACCCUGUUUCACAAUCCCAAAUGUCACACUGCCAACGGUAUUUUACCUUGGAUUUACUGCGCUUACUGGUGAUGUCAGCGAUAACCAUGAUAUUGUUAGCGUCACAACAAACAACUUAAUCUCGUUACCAACAGGAAAACAUACCUUCAAGACUCCAGUACGUCCCCCUCCUACCUGGUCAGGCAUUAUUUUCUGGUUCAAACUGCUGAUGGUUAUGGGAGUUCUGUAUGGUGCUAUGACGUUGUAUCGUGCGUAUCAGACUCAAGCUAAUAAAAGAUUCUAG